AUGGCUGGAAUCACACUCGAACUUAGUCUGCUGUUGUUGCUUCUUUUUGCGGGAACAAUUGUCGCUGGAAACUGCGGCCAAAAGAAAGCAAUUGCCCAACAAUUCAUCAGUCACGGAUACAAAUCAUUGAUAGGAGCGUGGCCCUGGCAUGGAGCCAUGUUUCAUCGGUAUACACUAUCGACUGCGUACGCCUGCGGCGUCACAAUCCUAACGGAGCGCUUCGUGAUUACGGCUGCCCAUUGUACAAUCGAUCCGAUCGAGAGACAGCAGUUACCGGCGAGUCGAAUAUGCGUUAAAAUUGGACUAACCAAUUUGGAGGCACCUGAGCGGUAUGCUCAACAGCAUGACGUGGACAGGAUCGUACGCCAUGACAGCUACGACGAGCAGACUUUCGAAGAUGACAUCGCGUUGUUGAAGCUGCAGACGGAGAUUAUGUACACCGACUAUGUACAGCCGAUAUGUUUGGGGCAAGGCACUGGUGAACAGCAGAACAGCGCGCCUCAGACUGGAUUCAUUGUGGGCUGGGGUUUAGACGAGAACUUUGGAUUGCCGAAGGAUUUGCAAGAAACGUCGGCACCGAUCGUUUCGAAAAAAGAGUGCAUCGAAAGUGAUCCUGAACAUUAUAAAAGAGUGUACCACGAAGGGAAAACUUUUUGCGCCGGACAUCAGAAUGGUACCGCGGCUGGCCCCGGUGAUAGUGGUGGUGGUCUGUUUGUACACGUGGGGAAGCGCUGGGUGCUACGAGGAAUCAUAAGCAAUGGAAAGGCUGACCCGAACACGUUGAUAAUCGAUAGAAGUAGUUUGGUGGUAUUCACGGACGUUAUAUACUAUUUAAACUGGAUCAAAUCGCAUGUGGGAAUCGAUAUAAACAAUCGCUUCGAUACUGACAAUGGAGGCGAUGUAUUGGAGUCAAACGCCGGUUUUAAUAAUCUGCUUGGGAUUGAGGGAUGUGGCCAGGACUCGUACCCUUUCCUGACACCUGAAGAGCUGAAACGAGCCUUCAAUCAAUAUCCUUGGCUGGUGGUAGUUGAGCAUCUGAACCUGAUGACCUAUACAUUGGAGGAUUUCUGUCACGGAGUGUUGAUUCAUCCUAAGUUUGUACUCACUGCGGCGCACUGCGUUCGAAGGAGACAUUUCUCCACUAUCCGCUCAGUUCGGCUAAACGACUAUCGGCUCGAUACUUUGAUCGACAUAUUCAGAAUCGAUGGAAAAAUCGUUAGAACCAUUCCGGAGCGAAUAGCGGUCCAACGACUGUCAGCGCAUCCAUUCCACGACAAAUUUUCCAACAACAUCGCACUCAUCAAGUUGAGCCGUCCGACAGCGAUGACGCCAAUAUGUCUACCGCCGAGAGGAUCCUUCACGCCCACGAACAAAUCCUUCAUCAUUGUCGGCUGGAAGAAGACGCUUCGACUGGAGAAGCACUUGUUCCGAAACAUGGUCCAAAUAGCGGACUUGGAUGCGUGCCGGGAGAUAUACGCGGGAAAAACAGUCGCUCUCGCCGUGGAUGGAAGUCAAAUUUGCAGCGCUUACAAUCACGAUGAUGGCCGCGAUCGCUGUUCGCCCUAUUUGGGAUCGGCACCACUUGCUUACGUGGGUGGCGUAUCGCCGGCAGUGGGUCGCUAUUUCCUGGCGGCGAUCUCCAGCUUCGGAUACGCUAACUGCAAACGAGAGGAUAUCCCUGACGUUUUCAGCAGUGUUGACUAUUAUGCUGAUUGGAUUUAUGACAUGGUGAGGCGAAAUGAGUGAGGUGUUUGUUGGUCAAUAAAUCGUAAGCUGAAGUGUUCAAAUUAUUUAAACAAUCUAAAAAUUUAAAUAUUUUACAAUCAUCUGGAUUAAUUUGGUUAAUUCGUACACCACAAAUUCAAAAAAUCCAU